CAACAAACAAUUUAGCUAAAGAAUCAUGGCACCGAUUGGAUCUCGUAUCAGGGUGUUGCCAACCCUGUAAUUUUCUCCUGUUAAACUGUAGGACAGUUGUGCAAAGGAACACGUUGUUAGGACUUUAGUUUGCGCUCCGCUUUUCGCAGGGAAUUAGAAAGAAAGAAAGAAAGAAAGAAAGAAAGAAAGAAAGAAAGAAAGAAAGAAAGAAAGAAAGAAAGAAAGAAAGAAAGAAAGAAAGAAAACAAAAUCACUUAGUUGAUGGGAGUCGUUUGCAGAAAUUCUUCCCUGUGAAGAACUCCAGUUCUCCCAGCAGUAGUCGGGUUUCCUUCCACAGGAAAAAGUAGGCAGUUGCAUCAGUAGAUAAGUAUUCCCACAGCUCUGCAGAAAGCAAUCACUCCACUGCAGUGUGAGGCUCAUGGAGAGGAUCCUACAACUUAGACAGCCUUGAAUUUUCCUUUUACUUGCUUCAGCAGUUUGAAGAAGAACAAGAGUCCCGAAAAUGUUUAGCAGGGGAAAACUGCAUCUGGUUUCACUCCUUUUCUCAUCUUUUUUCUUCAGCCAAGUUUCCCUGGGCAAUGCAAAACUUCUGGACGCAUCCUCCCCUGUUAUUGAUGACCUGUAUGAUGGAUGUCGUAAAGAAGCCAUGGAGAAGUUUAUUCCUGACGUAUUAAAGCAGGAGCUUGACCAAAAUGAGAAACUGCAGAAAGCUUGGAAAACAGGGCAGGAAAUGAGAACAAAAAAUAACUGUACCUCACAGAUCCCUGGAGGAAAUGAAGAGCACACUUCUGCUCUCUCUGCCUACUACUAUGACAAUGUAGAUUUUCUAAAAGAGAUGAAUGGUGCAGUGGAGACAAUGAUGGGCAAUGUUACCACGUAUGAAAGGGACUUCCAUUUCAAGGCCCUUCAUUUCCUGCUGAUGGACUCCAUGAUGCUGCUGAAGCCAAAGGAAUGCAGACAGGUAUAUCUCAUCCAGGACAGAAGAAACAAAAUACCAGAAGCAAACUCAAAAGUGAGGUUUGCGAGUUUCACCGAGGUCAAUCCAGACUUAAAAUUUAGUGAUUUGUAUGAGCAAACCGUUUUUCAAAUAACAACUUGCUUCUACGUCAACCUGGGCGACCAACUUUGUCAGAGCAAAGUUGGCAAAAUAAUUCUGUCUCCAGCUGAGGUCUUUACUGUGGAGAGAGUUGGCAAAAAGACGACUGAAGACGACGAAGAGUACACUGAGGUUGUUUUGAGCCAUCCUGCUCUGCAAAGCAACCAUAACUGUGUCAUGUUUUCAAGGUCUGCAGCUGACAUCACCGCCCAUUUGUUCCUUCCGGGUCUUGUGGCAUUAGCCAUAUUUUCCAUGUAUCUUUAAUAGAGCAAACAAUCAGUGUCCCUGAAAUCAAAAACACUGUUCCUUCUUGGACAUGUUUAUAAUAGACAAAAGGCCACCCUGCAGAAAGAAAAGCACUUGAAGUUAACAUGUUUUUGCCAUUUGAUAACUCACAGGACCAUCUCACCACGUGCCUCACCUUCUGAUCACAAAGCAAAAGCAUUAGGCCACAUGUUUCAUGUUGGAUCACAGCAAAAAGUAUGGGGGGAAAUUAUUUUAGCAAAUGGAAAAUGUGAAAAAAAAAUGUAUAUGAUAAGUGGGGAAAAUGUUCAAAUGUUAAACACAUUUAGGAAAAUGUUACACGUGAGGCAUUGUUUCCUACCUCUUUUACAUGUGGGCAUUUUCCCCACAUGUCAAAUAAAUGUUUUCCAUGAGUUAAACAUGUUGCUGCUGUCAUUUGCAAAAGUGUUUUUUUCGUAGUCACAUGUGGAAGUUUUGUCGCACAAGUUUCACAUGUUACGGCAUGCUAUCAUUUCCUCUUGUCUAAAAACCUGGGAAAAUGUUCAACAUGUGAAAUGUUUUUUUUUUUAUAUAAUUUCCAUGUAUGAAUUUUCCAACAUGUGAACUGCACGUUGUUUUAUGUUACACAUUUUGGUGCAAAUGUUUUCAACCGUGCUUUUUGUUGUCACAUGUGAAAUGUUUGCCCACGUGUGUUUGCAUAUUGGCAGGUUGUGUGUUGGAAUCCAGCUUCCUUAGCCACAUGUUAUAGUGUCCUUGGGCAAAGCGGUGAACUCCAAGUUUCCUACGGAUGUGCAGACUGCUGUAAACGUGUGCUGGGAUAACACCUUUUACCUGCGAUGCCAUGGAUUUCACAUGGGCUUCACAUUUACAGCGUCAGUUUCACAUGAGCUUCCCUUGUGAUCCCAGGGGUUUGACAUGUGUUUCACACGUUAUACCUUCAAAAUACACCAAAAUCACAUUUUCCAGGAGCAAAAUGUGUUUAUCAUGUGUGACGUGUAUAUCGCAGAUAAAUCUAAUGAGAAACUCCCCAUUUGUUGCCACAUUCAUGUGAACUUAAUGUAUUUUUUUCCGCAAGGGCUCAUAUAUAUAUAUUACUCUGCCUUUUUUAUGCAUUGCUUGCCUUUACUGUGAUGUCAGGAAAUGUGUACGGGAAGGAAGCGCAGAAGGGGCCUCAGUUGUGUAAAAUAGGGAGGGGGGGGUGGACGAACAAUGACCUUUGACAUACAGCAGCAGGUUAUUCCUCUGACAAAAAAAAAAAAAAAAUAGUGGUUUUCAGUUGAGGUUACUAGAAGUACAUACUGAGCUGUCUCCAGUGGAAUCAGACUAUAUAUAAGAUGUUGAAAUAAAAGAGGAAGAGACUUGUUACAGUAAAGAGGAAAAAGCAUUCCAGUCAUGAACCCGGGUUCAUUGAACUUACUGAAGUCAAGAGAUUUUUUUUUUUCUCUUCAGCUUAAAAUGAAACUUUUAACAUGACUGUCAUCUUGGGUUGGACUUUAGUUUGUCAGUUCUGAGGGGCAACAAAUCUGUAAACAUCUCAACCAGUACUUUGGUCACUGUUUACAGGCAGCCAGCAUGAAGGACUGACAUAAUACUUUGGUUUUUGUAUUAAAUAAAAAUGUCUUGUUCUAUUGUUCUAUUUAGUCCUCUGUCAAGUAUGCUACAUUAAAUGUGUAGAGUUCUUCUAAAAUGAAUAAAAGACUCACUGAGAUUAAAAUGCUUAAAUGAUUCUGUCAGAAGCUAAGAUAUGUAUCCCAUAGCCUAAAAGGUUGUCUGUUCUGUGUUACAUUCAGAAAAUCUAAUAAAUGUAAGAAGUAUUA